CACCAGGCUUCUUCCUGAGCCUGUAAGAACACCAGGGACUGUAGACUCCAUCUUUAGCCUCUUCCUCACGAAAUUCCCAGAGCCUCCGGAACUGGAUCCUCUGACUGGGCCUGAGCAGGGCCUAUGUAUCUGCAUCGAUUCCAGGAGUUUGUGCUGUCAGAGGUGACAUCUCCAGCAAAGGGCAGUUUGGACUAUCACACCUAGUAGGAGUGCCAAAGUGUUGAAGAUUUCUGCAGUGGACUUGGACAAAAACCACGGACAAAUUGCAUCAAUUGCUUUGUGUUUUGUCCCAGUUUUCCUGCUCCAGGUGUUUUCUAGAUAAUGGCGAAGAUGGUGAGAAGAACAUGUGCGUUUUGUCCAGACAGGGAGGCUGGUUCUGUCAUGUAUAUUGCUGAAGAGCAAGAUAUUGCAGCUCAUCAGGAUUGUCUGUUAUUUUCCUCAGGGUUUGUGGAAUCUGAAGACUAUAACCCAGAAAAUCUGGAUAUAAGGUUUGAUGUGGCAUCAGUGUUGAAAGAACUGAAGAGAGGAAAGCGACUGGUGUGCAACUUCUGUCGCAAGAAGGGAGCCACUGUGGGAUGCGAGGAAAGAGCCUGUCGCAGAAGUUACCACUACUUCUGUGCACUCUGCGAUGAUGCAGCAAUCGAAACGGAUGAAGUAAAUGGAGUCUACCGAGUGUUCUGCCCAAAACAUGACCCAGGCAAUAGGACCAAUCAGUAUGGUUCAGGUAGUAAGAGGAGAAGACAAGCACUGAAAUCUUCCACCAUCACGGAACAAAUGCAAUGGGCUGUUGCUGCUGCUCCCCGGCGCCAGCGAUCUCGGAAAUCAAUACAAACACUGCAAAGCACAGAAGAGUCAGCAGAAGAAAACAGUUUGCGAACACUGAAAAGGAAAAACAACAGGCAUAAAGUCCGAAUAGAUUUUCUUAGAAAAUGCAAGCAAGCUGGGCUUCUGGAUGACAUCUUUGAAGAAAUGCUGGACACACUCCACCUGGCGCAGGAGAAACUGAUGGACGACAACACCUCAGAAACAGAGUAUGAAGAGACAGUGAUUUCACUCUUUGACUGUGGACUGUUUGAAAAUAUACUGACAAAUAUUCAUUCAGGAACAGAGGAGAAAAUCCAGGAACUUCUGGAAAGCAGAAAAAGACUGGAUAGCAAGAUCGAGCUGCUGCAGGACUUAAAAGAAGUGGUGCUUCCUACCCCAGAGAACACCGCUAGUACAUCUAGCACAGUGUCUGACUAACCCCUAAGUCUGUCUGUGAUGGUGUCAAUAUUUAGGAUUUUUCUAACGAUAGAAACCAUAGAGCACGUCUGGGUCAGUGUCUGAGUAAUUCCCUCCCUUCCCCUGCAAGAUAGGGACAUAAGCAGGAACUGUGUGUUUUACUCAUUUUUAUACCUCACUGUUGGAAUAAUUUUAAGUUGUCCCUUUCUUUAAAUUUUCCCAUGGAUCUAUGAGGGUUAUACACCAAAUGUAGCUUUUUUUAAAGCUCAAGAAAACCCUCCAAUAGAGACUUUUUUUUUUCUUCCCCUCAAAACCAAGGGAGCGUGAGCUGCCACAGAACACUCGUUACAGUCACUUUAAGCGUGGGAGCUGCUUCGCUGUCUGCAUCUGGACAGUGACGGUGUAAGGAUCAUGUUGCUGCUUUGGCUUUCCAAAGAAGAUAAAUGAGCAGAACUUGCACUCAAAGAUACCUUCUGAAUUAUAAACAGGAGUUUGGGUUGUUUGGUUUUAAUUCAGUGAUUCGUGGUUGACCGCUUAAUGUAUAACUCCUUCUGUUUAAGGGCAGUUGGUGAAACAGUGUUUGCGGGCAGCCCGGAAAGGGUUGGGCACUGUACUCUAGAGACAACUCCUACAGUGUAAAAUGGAUCUAUGAACUGUAUCUUCCUUUCUCCCUUAAGAAAGGAUACCACUUCCAGAUGUUUUGUCUUAAAAAAAAAAAAAAUUGUUUGAAUACAGAAAAGCAUUGUUUAGCUACAAAAGGGUAAGUUAAUGAAUAAGUAAUAAAAUGUUUUUCAGAAA